GGCGGCAUCCUGUAGCUAGUUCAUGUGUUUGGCUACACGACAGAUAAUUUCACAUUGAGGAUACUUAAAGAGAUAAACUUGACAUCGAGGACAUUCAAAGAGAGAUAAACUUAUUUUCUGUGGUGAUAAGCAGUUCUAGUGAAGAAAUGUCUACCCCAGGAAAGUCAGGCGGCCAAAAGGGCAAAAUAAGGGCUAUUCCACCCAAGACCUCCUUCUCCUGCCCUUUUGCACUGCAGUGGAGCCCACUUCCUCAACAUGACAUGCAUUUCAUCCUGGCUACCUUAAAAGAAAAACUAACUUCCAUGGGUCUCGAGAAGAAAGAGCCAAAGGUGUUUCGGCCGUGGAAGAAAAAACAGACACAUCAAACUUCCUCGUCUAGGUCAAAUCCCGUCUCAGAGGAGAGGCAGGACCCAGAUACGAAGGAUUUUCCACAGGGUGGCUGGACAGAUGCAGCAGCGAGGAGACAACUCGCGUUGGGCAUCAAUGAGGUCACCAAAGCUUUGGAGAGGAACCAACUCAAACUGGUGUUAGUGUGCAAGUCUGUCAAACCGAAGCACAUGACCAACCACCUGAUAGCUCUGAGCGCCACCAGAGGAGUCCCCGCCUGCCAAGUUCCCCGGCUGAGUGAGAGCGUGGCGCAACCGCUGGGCUUGAAGAGCGUCCUAGCGCUGGGGUUCCGGCAGAACGAUUGUCGAGCAGACAGCAACGAUGUGUUCACCGACACCGUGGAAGCCAUCAUACCCAAAGUGCCCGCACUGGAUGUUGCUUGGCUACAAGGUGAGGCAGCAAGUGUCGCAUUACGACCGGAGGAACGCAAGAGGGCUGGCCAGAAAAGGAAACUGGAGCCUGAGUGUGAAGAGUCUGCCUCAUCCGCCACACUGCAACCUCUCAAAGUGAAAAGAGUAGUUCCAAAUCCUGCAAAGAAAAGAAAGCUAAGAGCAAAGAAAGGCAAAUGACAAGUCAGUCCGAUAAGUAUGUUUGGCACAUGGGCUCUUACCGUUUCUGUCUGGAGAGAACUGUUUUAUUUUGAUUGAUUUAAUGUGAGACAUUUUUUUCUGCCGGUUUGACUUCGGUCCUCACAUUCCGUAUCCAGCCCACACAGAAAAAAGGUGAAAAAUGACUGCUUUUGGUACUACUUGUACUGUACAACCAAAAGGCGCCAAACUGCCUGAUUGACUUUGUCAUCGCCAUUCUGUUGAGGUGCCAUUUAUAAAGAAAAAGCAACAUGGAAAAAAAAGGCGGGGAAAUGCUUUUGACACUACAAACCAAAAGUAAUGGGUCGACAUCGUCCUACUAUUCAGUGCUGGUGCUGUUUACAUAGAAUAAAGCAGUGUUUACCCUUGCAAGCAUUUUGCCUCCCGCAGUUGUCGAGCUGGCGCACAAUUUGUGAAUGGUACGCAUUAGCACGAAAUGACUACGGUCCCGCAUAAUAUUUACACCUCGUACUGUUUAGAUCUACGCGACACGCAUUGUUUCUGCAUGGGUAUGCAUUGUCACCACCACGUCCCGCAGUCGUGACAUUUUGUCCCACUUUAUAUUAUCUUGCAGCUGCAGAAGGAGAAUGUGGAAAGAGCAGGAAAGAGGCAUUAAUUACAAAAAAGGAGGCAUUGACAAUGUAGGAGAGGGAAUUGCCAAUUAGAAGACAUCACUUUGGUUGUUAUAUUAGUUAUUAACAGAAAUUUACAAGGAAAACCCAAGAGGCUAUAGAAAUUACUUGAAUUCCCCCAACUUGGUCCAAAAGGUGGGCGAAAAGUUAACCCAUUGAUGUGAAUGAGACGCUUUGAUACGCACCACCCGCAUUGUGUGCAUUCACGUUGUAUUCAUGACUAGUUCAGGGAAAUUAUGCGUGUCACAAAUUUUGAACAUUUAAACAUUUUCUGUGCGCACUGGCACGCAGCCCCGCACAGUUUACACAUACUUCACAUCUGUUUACCACCAAUUUACUCAUUGGCACGCAAAAUUGCGUACCACUGCGGGGACAAAAUGCGUGAAAGUGUAAACCCAACUUAAUGAUACAGAAAAACAGACUUUUGAUACACUGUCCAAAUAAUUGCCAGUGUGACAUGUUCGUUCCAUUUACACAGGGGAGCAACAAAUGGAAUAAAGGUAGAAAAAUGCCACCUCUUAUAGGAACUGUGUUUUGAUAUUAACCCCAAAGGUGGAAAAUUGCUGGACUGACUUUGUCCUCCCCAUACAGUAUUGGUGCCAUUUAUACAGAGGAGUAACACAGAAAAAGGAAAGGGGCUAAAUGAGAGAGAGAUAAUCAGUCCUUAAUUCCUGACAACAUCCUGGAUAAUGCCAACAUAGAAGUACUUCAGGUUGUAAAGAUGAUGCAGCUUUACAUAGCCAAGCAACACCAUAGCUUUUCUGUGACGGACAAUAAAUGUAAAAAUGCUCCUUGUUGAUUUUGUGAAGUGAAUUUAUUCAAAUAUCCAUGCUGGUAUAGGCGGCGUGUGUUGAAACAGAUUGACAUUUGCAUGGGCUCAUGUGGUCUAAAUGAUGCUGGUACAAGUUCUUUAAUCUUUCUCGCAUCUUACAAUGGACUUGAAUAAAAAUAUUGUUCUUCAGUUUAACAAAGCUGUAUGUUUCGUCUCCAAAGUACACCCCGCCCCUUCAUUCCGGCGAAGCCUCAAAAGUCUGAAAAAAAAUCUUCCAAAUAAGGCAGGUAUUGGGGGGGUUGAGUCGUCACUAAAGGGCAUAGCUAGUAACAUCGAGACUACAAUCACAGCAGCAACAUGCGCAACAUUCACACAAAUGCAGGC